UAAACCCGCGGCGGACAUGCUGGCUGCGCCGUGUGAUUCCUGACGACAUGCGGACGGUUCUGGAGGGUCCCCAGUGAUUCUGUGAUAGCCCAGCGGGACAGAGAGCCGCGGAGGAGUCAGCCUUCAGUACGAUGUUCCACAGCUGUUCCGCUGCAGCACCGAGGAACCGAGCCCACCGCGAGGAGAGUUAACCCCUGCAUGGCCUGCCAGUCUGUCUCUGCAGUCAUGGACGAGCAGGCACUGCUGGGGCUCAACCCCAACGCUGACGCCCCCUACAGGCAGAGGGCUUUGGCUUACUUUGAGCAGCUGAAGGAGUCUCAGGACGCCUGGGAGGUCUGCGCCGACGCGCUGGCUAAAGGCAUCUACAGCGACGUCCACGUCAAGUUCUUCUGCUUCCAAGUCCUGGAGCACCAGAUCAAGUUCAGACAUGCAGGUCUGAGCGCAGCUCAGCAGCAGCUCAUCAGAGAGACGCUGAUGAAGUGGCUGCAGACCCAGCUGAUGAAUGCUCAGCCGGAGAAGGCCUUCAUCAGGAACAAGGCGGCCCAGGUGUUCGCCCUCACCUUCGUCAUGGAGUACCUCACUCUGUGGCCCAAGUUCUUUUUUGAUAUCCUGAACCUGGUGGGUCUGAACCCACACGGUGUCGACAUCUACCUGCGGACGCUGAUGGCCAUCGACGCCGAGGUCGUGGACCGAGACAUCGUGCACACGCCUGAGGAAACCCGCAGGAAUACGUUGAUCAAAGACUCCAUGAGGGAGCAGUGCAUCCCCAGCCUAGUGGAAUCCUGGUUCCAGAUCCUGACGGCGUACCAGCAGACCCACCCGGAGCUCACCUGUCAGUGUCUGGAGGUGGUGGGCGCCUACGUGUCCUGGAUCGACCUCAACCUCAUCGCCAACGACCGGUUUGUGAACCUGCUGCUGAGUCAGAUGUCCAUGGAGGACCUGAGAGAAGAGGCCUGCGACUGCCUGUUUGAAAUCGUCAACAAGGGGAUGGACCCGGUGGAUAAAACCAAGCUGGUGGAAUCGCUGUGCCAGGUUCUGCAGUCGGCCGGGUUCUUCAACAUCGAGCAGGAGGAAGAUGUGGACUUCCUGGCCAAGUUCUCCCGGCUGGUGAACGGGAUGGGCCAGAGUUUGGUCCUGAGCUGGUCCAAGUUGGUGAAGUCCGGGAACGUGAAGGAGGCGACGGAGACGCUUCAUGCGGUGGAGGCCAAGGUGCCGCUGCUGCUGCAGUUGCUGGUGCAUGAAGACGACGACAUCUCGACCAACAUGGUGGGCUUCUGCUACGACUACCUGCACGUGCUCAAACAGCUUCCUCAGUUGACGGAGCAGCAGAAGGCAAACAUCGAGGCCGUCAUGCUGGCUGUGAUGAAGAAGCUGACCUACGAUGAUGAGUACAACUUUGAGAACGAGGGUGAAGAUGAGGCCAUGUUCGUAGAGUACAGGAAGCAGCUGAAGAUGCUGCUGGACCGCCUGGCUCAGGUUUCUCCGGAGCUGCUGCUGGAAGCCGUGCGCCGGGUCUUCACCAGCACCAUGCAGAGGUGGCAGACGGCGCCGUUCAUGGAGGUGGAGGUGGCCAUCCGGCUGCUCUACAUGCUGGGCGAGGCGCUGCCGGCGUCUCAUGGCGCUCACUUCUCCGGCGACUCGGCGAAGACGAGCGCGCUGCAGGACAUGAUGAGGACGCUGGUUUCCUGCGGCGUCAGCGGCUACCAGCACUCCUCCGUGUCUCUGGAGUUUUUUGAAACGGUUGUCAGAUAUGAUAAAUUCUUCAUUGUGGAACCGCAGCACAUUCCCAAUGUUCUGAUGGCGUUCCUGGACCAGAGAGGACUGAGACACAGUAGCCCCAAGGUCCGGAGCAGAGUGGCCUACCUGUUCUCCAGGUUCAUCAAGACUCUGCAUAAACACAUGACGGCGUUCAUCGAGGACAUUCUGACCCGGAUCCAGGACCUGCUGGAGCUCGCUCCUCCUGAGAACGGCUUCCUGGCGCUGCUGACCAGUGACGACCAGCUCUUCAUGUUCGAGGCAGCCGGGGUUCUCAUCGUGAGCGGCGAGAGUCCGGUGGAGCGGAAGCAGGUUCUGAUGAGGAGUCUGCUGGCGCCGCUGACGGACGCCUUCCGCCUGCUCCUCGCCAAGCUGCUGCAGGAGAGCGUGGAGGAGCACCAGGCCGCGCUGGCCGACUGCCUGAGCCACGCCGUGGGAUUCGCCAGCCGGACCAGCAAGGCGUUCAGUAACAAGCAGACGGUGAAGCAGUGCGGCUGCACCGAGGUCUACAGGGACUGCCUGCAUAGCUUCCUGCCGGCGCUGAGCUGCCCCGUCCAGCGGGGGGCGCUGCGCAGCGCCGUGCGCUCCUUUCUGCAUCGCAUGAUCAUCUGCCUGGAGGAGGAGGUGCUGCCCUUCAUCCCGGCCGCCUCGGAGCACAUGCUGAAGGACUGCGAGGCCAAAGACCUGCAGGAGUUCAUCCCGCUCAUCAGCCAGAUCACAGCCAAGUUCAAGCGCCAGGUGUCACCCUUCCUGCAGCAGAUCUUCAUGCCGCUGGUCCUGGCCAUCUUCGAGGUUCUGGGCCGACCCGCGGAGGAGAACGACCAGACGGCGGCGCUGGAGAAGCAGAUGCUGCGGCGGAGCUACUUCGCCUUCAUCCAGACGGUGGCCGGCAGCGGCAUGAACGAGGUGCUGGCCAAUCAGGGAGCAGAAAACAUUGAGCGGGUUCUGUUCACCAUCAUCCAGGGCGCCGUGGAGUUCCCGGACCCGAUCGCCCAGAAGACCUGCUUCAUCAUCCUGACCCGGCUGGUGGAGCUGUGGGGCGGGAAGGACGGGAUGGUGGGCUUCCCUGACUUUACCUACAAACACAUCGUCCCAGCCUGCUUCCUGGCGCCGCUCAAACCGACCUUUGACCUCUCUGACGCCCAGACGGUUCUGACGCUGUCGGAGUGCGCUCUCACGCUGAAGAUGAUCCAUCUGAAACGGGGGUCAGAGUUCAUCCAGUUCCUGCAGCAUGAGUACCUGCCGUCCCUACAGGUGACUCCGGAGAUCUCACAGGAGUUGUGCCAGGUCCUCCAGCAGCCCGAUGUCAAAGUCCUGAAGAACUACAUGAAGGCGUUCUUCCAGAGAGCCAAGCUGUGAUCCCGCCCGGACCGCCGCCUGGACUCUGCUGGAGGCUGGAGCUCAGAGCGCCGCUCUGACUGGACGACGAGCCGUCCCACAGAAACGGCUCCGAGGUUCUGGACUCGGAUCGGAACCUGGGCAGAGCAGAACCCACUCCUCACCUCUGGAACCCGAAGUGGGAACGUUCCCGUGAUCCGCUUGUUUUCGGUUUGCAGUGAAACAUUUCAGUCUUCUGUCCGUCAGAACCAACGCCACCGGCUGCUCAACCAGGUUCUGGUUCUGGACGGUUUCUGAUCCAACAUAGGAUCCGAGUGUAAAUAAAAAAGAUGUUAAAACUGUAAAUAAAGAUGCUAGCUUUAGUUUUUUUAAGAAUUUGUCACAUCUGGGAGCCUUGUACGGAAGCCCAUCAAUGCCAAGAUAAAGAUCCAGUUUAUGAGGUAAAGAAAAAAAACUGGUGGCUGAACGUGACCUGAUUUAUUCUGGAAAUGUUUACAUAAAAAUAUUUUCUGUUACUAAUUUAGAUUUCAGUUAAACGCUAAUAAUCGGUUGAACUGCCAGGAGUUUUCAUUUCUGAUCUGUUUAUUUAUCAUGUUUCUGUUUUGGUCUCAUUGUCAUUGCAGAAUGUGUGACUCAGUAAAUUUCCUGCAGAUCUUAUUUCAUCAUAAAAGCAGUUUUAAAAAUA